AUGGCUGAAACCGCCCACGAGGCGUCAAGCACUCCAGACCUGCAUGAUCUGAAGAGUUCUCACGAAGGAGACUCAGAAAACUGCGUCGAUUCCAAACCGAACGAUUUCUAUCCAGAUGGAGGCGUCAGGGCGUGGGCUGUGGCUAUCGGCACCGCUGGUGUAAUGUUCUGCACUUUCGGACUGGCAAACGCUUUCGGGGUUCUCCAAGAGUACUAUGCGUCCCAUCAACUCUCUAGCGCGUCUCAGUCCGCUAUCUCCUGGAUCGGAUCACUACAGAUCUGUGCCCUGUUCUCAGGCGCCCUCGUGGGAGGUCCUCUAUUUGACCGAUAUGGAGCAAAGGUCAUUUGGCCCUCAGCAGUGCUCUAUGUUUUGUCCAUCAUGAUGACGAGCAUCGCGAAAGAAUAUUACCAGCUCAUGUUAGCUCAGGGAGUGUUGGGUGGAAUUUCGAUGGGCAUGACCAUGUCUCCAUCCAUGGCUGCAACCCCGCAGUAUUUCAACAAAAAUCGGGGAGCAGCCAUGGGUAUUGCAGUCGCUGGAUCUUCCGUUGGAGGUGUUGUUUUGCCAAUUGUCCUCGGAAAACUACUCAAUUCCACCACGAUCGGUUUUGGAUGGUCCAUACGCAUUCUUGGCUUCUUAAUCUUAGCUAUUCUGGCACCAUCUUGCGCGGCGAUCCGUGCUCGUCUUCCUCCUCGGAAAGGGAACUUCUUCCUCCUGUCUGCAUUCAAGAAGCCGCUAUACGUAACCAUCAUUACGUUUGCCUGUCUCAUGAUUCUCUCCAUAUUUACCCCAAUAUUCUAUCUUCCGGUCUACGCUGUCCAGCACGGAAUGGACGAGACGCUCGCUUCAUACCUCAUUGCGAUCCUGAACGCCGCUUCUUUCCUCGGCAGAGUCGUCCCUGGUGUCCUAGCUGACAAAUUGGGAAGCCUCAAUGCGGUUAUAGCAUCCGGGGUCUCCUCAGGGAUUCUCAUACUCUGCUGGCCCAAAAUUACGAGCAAUGCGGGUAUAAUAGUCUUCGCUGGCCUUUUUGGCUUUUGUUCUGGUGCUAUCAUAUCGGGUGUGGUUGUCUGCCUUUCGACAAGUACCGAUGAUCCAAAAACUAUCGGUACAUAUAUGGGCAUGGGCAUGGGCAUUUCAUCCAUUGCUGGACUGAUCGGUCCACCCAUAACUGGUGCCCUGGUCAAUAGGUACCACGGAUUUGUCGAAGUAUCUAUUUUUUCCGGGGUGAUGGUCCUUAUUGGAUCGGCCGUUGCUGUAUUUGCAAAGACUUUAACAGACAAGGGAAUAUUUGGGAAAGCCUAG